AAUCAGUCCAGACUCCAGUGAUUAGACGUUCGAGCUGGGGUUAAACCGUAAAAUAACAAAGAUGGCCUCUACUUCAAACCUCCCAGUUUUUAUUACUGUUGAUAAUUAUGUUCAAAAUCCGGGAAGCAAUUGAUGAUUCAUUUAAAUACAGCUCUUCAAAAUGUUGCCAUCCAAAGGGUAUUUCUUGUCGAUCAAUUGCCCGUACUACGAAUCCGGCGAAUGUGAAAGGCCCCACUGCCACUUCAAGCAUUGCAAAAUACCAAAAGACAAAGAAGAAGAAAAUUUAAGGAAAACAUUGUCAAAUUUGCAAGUUGAAUUAAAUGAAAAUGGUGCUCAUAACAAAGAAAAUAAAGAAAAUCCCAAAACUCAGCCCAACGUCGAUGCAAAAGUUAAUCAAAGCACAGUGCUUUCUAAUCUGCCAGAAAUUACUAAGGGAAUUGACGUAGCAAACACUGGUGGCACUAGAUCUGAUUUUUACAAACGACAUAUACCAGUCGUGUAUGCCCCAGCCAAGCCUACAACUACAUUCCGAAAAGAAUUAUCCAAUAAUUCUAGAUGUAAUAAAUAUAUACCAGUUGUCCCUGAAAAUUGCCCUAAGCCAUUGAAUUUUGACUACAAACCAUCGACAAAUAAGACAAAUGCUGAUUCUGAAUACCAACCUCAAAGUUUAAGCAGCAACAAUUGCACAGUUUCUUAUACACCUAGCCAGAGCAAUAAAACCAACUUAGAUGCACCUGUUGAUAGUCUGAGCAUGCUUGAUUCUGAAGAAGAAAGCAUAAUAAAUAAUGAUUUGGACCAAGAUGAAAGUUUAGAGUGUGAGAGUGGUGUCGUUGAUUCGACAGUUACUGAUGAACGAAAUGUUAAUGGAUCGGAAGAAGAUAAUGCUGAUAAGACUAUAUUGUACAACCACUCAAGUAAACACUUAAAAAAUUCUACUAAUGAAGAAAGUAAAAUUGUUACAAAAAGAAAAGAAAACAAAAGUAGCAAACAUGCUAAAGAUAGAAAAGAAACCUCGGACCAUAAAGAAGAUUCAAAAAGGAGAAAAUGUAACAGUGAAGAGGAGAAAGAUAAACAUACCGAGAAGACUUGUAAUGUUAAAGGAAGCAAAGAUGCAAAAGAAAAGAAAACAGACAGUAAUGACUCAAAGAACCAAGAUAGUAUGAACAAUGAGUCGAAAAAUGCUAAAACCAAAGAAAAGAAAGAAUGUACAAAGCAUGAUAAGAGUCAUAGUAGGGUAAAGGAUGAAAGUAAAAUUUCGCAUAAAAGUUCUCACAAGUCAAAGAGUAAAUCGGAAUCAUCUCACUCUCACAAAGAAGAAAGAGCUAAAAGCGAUUCGCACUCAUUGAAAUCCUCAUCAUCAUCUAGUAAGUGUAGUGACAACAAAAAGAAAUCUAGUUCAAAACAUGAUAAGUCACAUAAAGCCAGUAGUAGUAAACACAAAGAAAGCAGUUCUUCGAAUAGCAGUUCAAGCAAACAUAAAUCAUCGCACAGCUCAAAGCUAUUUGAACAACCAAAUAAACAUAAAGUGGAAAAAACAAAGAAGAAACACUCAUCUGAUAAAAAAGAUGAAUCCAAACCACAUAAGAGAUCUCACUCUUCAUCAAAUGGGAAAGAUGAAGAACAGCACUUUGAGAAAAAACCAAAAUGGGAAAUAGAAUCAGCAAGUUCUUCAGAUGUAGAAAGCGUUGCUUGGGAACCCAACGAUAUUAUAAUCUCCGAUUCAUCUGAUGAUGAGCAACUUGCUUCCAAAAAUGAGCCUGUGGUAAAUGAACCUUCAAAACUCAAUAAGAAAACAACCAGUAGAACUCCAGACUAUUCAACUGUACUUUAUGAACGGUGGAUGAAAGCACGAGAAACAAUUAAGAAAAAUCCACAAGGAAGGAUGAGAAUUGCCCACGUUCCUAAUGUUUCAUCACUAUUAACUGCCAAAGAUAGAAUAUUAUCAAUAAGUAGUCAACAAAAAAGUAUGCCUGAACAGCCUCCGUCAAACCCAGUGGAAGUGUGUGAGCCUAAAAUAGUAAAGAGAGUAGCACAUGUUCCAAGAGCGCAAGUUCAAAAGUAUCCAAAGGUGAAGCCUGAUGCCGAUAUUAAAAUUCCUCCUGUUGUGAGACAAGUUUGCCUCAACAAUCUGUACGAUGAAUUCUGCAAGUUUUUCUCUUCUGAAGAAUCCAGUGACAAGGCACUUGCAGAAGAACUUGACAUUGCAAAACGAAUGAGUGUUGCUCAUACUUAUCAGUGUGCAGUUGCAGUAUUUAUUUUAAGAAUUCGUAAAAACAAAGGAGUUAUUGAAGGAGGAAAAAAUGCGGAAGCCAUUGAACCUCUUUCAUCAGAAUCAAUUCCUCCUUAUACAUAUGGCUUAACAAUUUAUGACUGUUGUACUAAAUAUUUAAUGACUGAAUCGGAACUUCUUCUUCAUGGCUAUCCUCAAAAAAUUGAAGGCAAACCUGGUUGUGCAUAUUUCAAUAUAGAGUCAGGCAGAGCUCCAAUUAAACAAGAAGGAAAAGAAAGAGUAUGUAUUAAUUGCACAAGAAGUUAUUAUUUGGAUGAUGAUGACAUGCCUAUCAUGGAUGGGGACUGUGUUUAUCAUUGGGGCCGACUGAUAAAAGUCAAAGUUUAUGGUGGUUGGACUGAAAAGUACACAUGCUGUAAUCAAGAACAAUUCAUGGGAGGCUGUCAAACCAGUCAAUAUCAUAUUUCGAAUACAUUCGAUUGGGAGUGUUUAGAAGGUUUUGUGUCCACAAAGCCCUCGAAGAAAAUCACAAAUGACCAUUAUGCAGGAGUUUAUGCAUUGGAUUGUGAAAUGUGUAGCACAACAAAAGGGUCUGAACUAACAAGGGUCACUGUCGUAGAUCUUAAUGGAAAUAUCAAAUACGACGUUAUUGUACGACCUGACAAUCCUAUUUUGGAUUAUUGUACAAGGUUUAGUGGCAUUACAGAAGAAGUUAUGGCAACUGCUUAUUUAAGACUGCCCGAUGUUCAGGCUCAGUUGUUAAAAAUAUUUAAUGAUAAGACAAUUUUAAUCGGACAUUCUUUGGAAAAUGAUUUAAGGGCUUUACGGAUGUUUCACAACAGAAUCAUCGAUACAAGUGUGCUAUACCCCCAUAGAAAAGGGCAUCCAUAUAAAUAUGCAUUAAAAACAUUAACGAAGGAGUACUUGGGUAGAGAGAUUCAAAUAAAAGACUCAGGACAUGACAGCGAAGAAGAUGCACAAGCUUGUUUGGAAUUAGUCAUUUUGAAAAUAAAGGAGGAUUGUAAAUCACGAAAACCAAGAGUAAUCAUUAGUUUACCUGGCAAACAAACAAGAAAAGAGUCUACUGAAAAGUAGCAUUACAUUUACAUGUAUAAACCAAAACUAGCCAAAAUUUGGCAGUCAUAGAUAAAAUAUUGUUUAUUAAUUGCAUUGUAAUACUCCCCUCAAAAUAUUUUUAUACUUGUUUGUAGUUAUUGAUUACGACAAUUCCUGACGCAGAAAGUUGUAAACAAAGCUGCAGAUUGUUUUCUGUUACAGUUGUUUUUUUCUUUUUCUUUCUGACCUGUACAUAGCUAUUUUAGUUAUAGAUUAUAUCUGUAAAUUAUACUUAAUACAUUAUUUAUAUCUGGCUGUUUUGUAUCAGCAGUUCAGUUCAGCUUCAGAUAAUUUGGCCCACUCUAUCCCCUGGUAGUGGAUGUUAUAUGUUUUUAAAAAAGAAAAGACUGAAAUACAGAUAUAAAGAAAAUUUAUGCAAUAAAGUUGUUAAAUUUG